AUGAAUGGCGCGCCGAGGGGGCGGGGCGUGGACACGUGCGCGCGCGCCGGGGGCCGAGGGGCUGCAGGGCGGUGGGGCACAUGGCGGCGGCCCCGGGGCACCGCCGGCGGAGGAGGCAGCAGCGCUAGCAGCUGUAUUCAGCAAAACUGUCAGACUAUGAAGGAGCUCAGCAAUGGCAAAUGCAGUAAAAGAUUCUUAAGGGCAACCUUUAGAGAGCAACUGAGAUCCCAUCACAGCAAAUGGAAACAUUUCGAUGGCUCGUUGUGCUCCCAAAGACAGUUUUAUUAUCAACAGAAGCAGCGUCUGUGGCUGUCAAUCAGGAAAAAACGGGCCAAGUCUGCACUAAGGAAGGCCCUUUUGGAUUGUCAACAGUGCAGAUCUGUGAAAGACACCAAAUGUUUGAAGGCAACAUGGAAAAAAACUACGUUGUUGACCUCAAGAGUCAAUGACACCCCAACCGAGGGAGCAUGUACACCAACCUUGGUACCCCAAGCAGAAAGAGAGUGUAAGGGACGUGAAGUCAGUGAAGUUCGGAACAGCAGUGCUGUUGCCUCAGAUACUGACUGUAAAUCAACCAUUUUAUAUUGUAAAGCAAUCUCAAGAAAACUAACUGCAACUUCAAAUGUUACUUGUCUCAAAUCUCUACGGAAGAAGAAAAGUGGACUUCACGACAAGAUUAUAAAUCAAAAACUAUUAAAUGGUUUUAAAAGAAUAGACUUCCAAGGGAGCAAAGAUUCUGUGUUCAACAGUUUACCUCGCAAGACAAAGCGUCAAUUGAAAGGUCACAAAAUCUGUCUGCUAUACAGAAAACCUUCUCUCUUUAGCUUCCGUUAUAGAAUAUUAAAUAAUCAAAAUAGGUGGAAAAAAUCUACCUGUCAAAAGCAAGAGAGGCUAAACUUGGUGCAGACUUCAAAUCCGAAGAAGACUGGCCAAUGUAUGAAUAAAAUGGCAUGUGAUACGUCUUCUCUGUCUCCUCCCAUAGACAAAGAUUCUAGCCAAAAUUUGGAGUUUGCAUCAGAUCAGAAUAACAGUAUAUCAGAGACAAUGAAGCAAGACAAGAAUUCUUGCCUGAUUAGUUGCUGUGAAGUUUCAGUUACACCUCGUGAUGAAAGGAUGGACAUUUCGCAAAUGCAGGAGACUGCAUCUCAUUUUGUUCAAUCUAGUGAAAAACUUAUUGAAAGUAAUAAUCAAGCAGUUGAUGAAAACUCAGAAACAAUGUUCCCUCCCUCAAGCCCUCUUGAAUCUGAUGCAUCUUGUGCCAGUCAGCUUGUGGGUGCAGAUAAAUGGCCUAAAAUUGAUGGGGCACCCCAGACGUUUAUUGUCUCUCAGGGGAGACUUAAGAACAAAACCCCAGUCUGUGACGGGGAGAUGCAGGUCAUCAAUGUAGUAAUGGAUUCAAGUCCUGUAUCAUACAGAUGUACAAACACUUCUCUAAAUGAAACUGGCCAGUCAGUUUGUUUGCAGAGUGGUGAGCCAUGUCCUGUGCUUCAGCCACAGCUAUUAGAUCACAUUUAUUAUAGAUCCACUAAGGAGCACGAAUCGGUGAGGACUGAACCAUUACCGAGAAGUGAAGCUGAAAAGGGAAAGGAGAAUGAAUCUCAGACCUCCUCUAUUGCCAGCGAACAGUUAAUAUCCUGUAUUCAUGCUUUCCUGGAUGAAUUUUUGACAAAGUAUGGGAGUCUUAUCCCACUUACUGAAAAUGAUGUUCUGAUGAAUCUAGAGCAGAUCUUCCAUCAGGAUUUCCAUGACAGGAAAACCUUUAUCCGGAUGGAAAUACGGAAGUAUCAGAAAGCGCAGGUGAACAAGCCAGAACCCAGUUUCCAAGUAGUUUACAACAAACACGUUUUGACUUUGGAUGACCUGGCUACACUAUAUGGAGAGAACUGGCUAAACGAUCAGGUAAUAAACAUGUAUGGAGAACUGAUUGUGGAUGCAGUACCAGAUAAGGUUCACUUCUUCAAUAGCUUCUUUUACAAGCAGCUUCAAACUAAAGGAUACAAUGGAGUGAAGAGAUGGACAAAAAAGGUGGAUUUAUUCAGUAAAGCCCUACUACUAAUCCCUAUUCAUUUGGAAAUCCAUUGGUCAUUGCUAACAGUUGAUCUUCCAAAUAGGAAAAUUUGCCUUUAUGAUUCUCAAGGCAUCCAUUUUAAUUCCUGUGUUCAGAACAUUCUGAAAUAUUUGAAGACAGAAGCUGGUGAGAGGAAUCGUCCUGCAUUCCUGGAAGGAUGGAAAGCAUUUGCCACGACGUGUAUUCCUCAACAGAAAAAUGAUAGUGACUGUGGUGUGUUCGUUCUUCAGUACUGCAAGUGCCUGGCUCUUGGAAGACCAUUUCAGUUUUCUCAGAAAGACAUGCCUGAAGUAAGAAAGCUGAUCUACAGAGAACUAUGUGAGUGCAAACUGAUGGAGUGAGCUGCCAGGUGAUUAAGACUCCUCCCAGGAAAUUUCAUUCCAGGAAAUUGGUCUGCCAGUUCUGUUACAUGAUGUACAGAAAGCAGGGAGGAAGUACUGAAGAAACAGUUGCGGUGUUUACCUCUUUCCAGGUGCAUGCAUGGCCUGAGCACAUUCAGACUUAAUAAAAGCACAACUUUGCUCGAAUGGCCUGUUGCUGACAAAUUGCAUGUAGCAGUAGAGUAAAAAUUUAGACUUCCUUUUUGUCUGCAUAUUUUGAGAACCUCUAAAGUAAAGGAAGUGGUUAAAUUUACAUUAAGGGGGAAACUGAAGUCUUAGUGUAGAAAUUGUUCCAGGUAUUAUUAAGUGAGAAUCCCCUCUUUGUAUCCAUUGGGGAGAUUUUCACUUUUCCCACAGAUAUUUAAUGACCAUGAGGUCAUUGUGUUAAGCUGCAGCAUGUUUAAAAAUGAAGAUGUUUUCAUUAACAAGAAAACAGGAACUCUGGGAACAGGACUGUGAAUGCCAGAGGCAAUGAUCACAGUUGGACAUCAAUGCUAAAAUUUAACCUGUUUAACCCAAAGCAUAUUUUUUAAAUUAUUUCUGAAGUUUUCUCUCUCUCAUGUUUGAUGGGCUGUGCUUCUCCAGUUUAUUAGUAAAACAAUGGAAUGGAUUUUCUGGAGUAACAUAGUUAUAAUUUGAUCUUUAACUUGGUGCAUGUUUUUGCCUUGCAUUUUACUGAUGAAAAGCCUUUUCCCUUACUGUUUAAACAAAGUAUUAUUAUUUUGUAGUUUAUUUCAGCUAUAUCAUCUCUGGAAAAUGAAAAACGAACUAGGCUCCGUGCAGAAUUUAUUUCAUUUUAAACAUCAAAUAUUGAGGCAUAUUGAGAUAUUGCAAACUUGGGUAAUGCCAACCUUUCGCUUUUAGUUUGACUGUGAACAUUGCUAGCUAGAUUGGCAUUUGUUGUCCAUCCCAAAAUUGGCCUGAAAUGGUGGAUCUCCUGAACUAUUUGUGAUUUGUGUUGGGAUGAGACUGCAGUCACAUUAUAUAUAUAAAAUUAGGCAAGGACCCACAGGUUCAUUACUGGGCUUUUUAAUGUCUUCAAUCCAACACCUUCAUACUCAUUUUACUGCUAUCUUUUUUAAAAACAAAAUUUGCAAACAGCAAUGGAGGAAUUUAAGCUUGUGCUCAGAAUAAAUAAUACUACCAUUACACUACUGUACUUUUAUAGUUCCACUUUAUUUAAUAUUUUUCACAGUGGUCAAAUCAUGUGACUUUUAACCUAGAAAACUAGUGUCUGACCAAUGUUAACUUUUAAUUUGCCUUUCUAAAACUAAACGAUGGAAACUAAAACUAAGUGCAGAAAUUUUUAAAUAAAUGCGUAUUUGAGAGUGAGAAUGUUUCUAGAUGUGCUCAGUUUUGAAAUAUUGGGGAAAAUGUAGACAGCUAGCCUCACACUGCUCUGCAACAAUACUGCAAAUAGAUUUCAGAUUUUAUGUUUGAUUUUCUUUCUCUCCCAUAGUUAAAUCUUGUAAAAUUUUGCUCUUUGCCAUCUGAACCCAGAGUAAACCUAGAAUCUAUAUAUUCAAUGUUUUGGUAAAAUAUGUAUUCCAUUGCAACAGUAAAUUGUCCCAAUUACUUGAAAUGAAAUCUGUAAUUGAAAAAUCAUUAAAACUUCCUUCUAUAAUAGUCCAGUGCUUUUAGCUAAGUAUUUAAAUCAGAAACUGAUCUUUAUCUUAACUGCUGGGUACUUGCAGAUGGAAGUUCUGGUUAUGAUUCUGAAAAUAAACUGCCUUAUCUGGUACUGUGGUUUCACACUCCUUGACACAACUUUAACUUAGAAUGUUCAAACCCUCAUUGGCACCAAGUAGUUGCGCUCAGCCUGCAUUAUGGUGUUGAACAAUGUACCAUAGGUCCAGUACCCUUUAGGAGGGUGCAAUGAUGAAAUUAAAUAUUAAUAGCAGCUAUUUUGUACUGAGAUAGAACUAUCUUAGUACAAUAUAUUGUGCUGUGUCCUGAAUCCCACCAAGUCUUUUACAGAUUAGGAGAUGAAAGAUGUGUUAAAUUAUAAACAUUAGUGCAAUAAUAGAAGCUGUAAGUAGGAGACUUUUUUUAAUUGCUGCAAGGAGAGCUGUUGUAAUUAGUUCUGUGUUAUGAAGAUUGGAUAAUAAAGUAUUUGAGGAUGAUUUGACCCUUUCUUACUGGCUUCUUUGUCCUCCCUAUAAUGUUUUCUUUUCCUUUUGGUGUGCAGUGUGAUGCUCCUUUUGGGAGAUGUUUUUGCCAAUUAAUUGCACUGUAUAUA